UCCAACACAAACACACAACUCUUUUUCAUACUUUCUUUCAAACACUCAUUUCAUUUCGAGUUUUUAAUAACAACAUUUUAUUUACUUAUUAUUUUCAUAUCCCUAAACACCAUCUUCACUCACAAAUCCAGCCACUCUAUGUGAUUUUUUAAAACCUUUUUCAAUUGUUCAUAUAUGUUUUUUGGUCAACCAUGAACCUAAAGAAACUUGUUGCAAUCUCAGAUCACUUUCCAAAUAGUGCAUCUCCAAGAAAGAAGCUUAUUUCUGGAUUUGGGUUAGGGUUUGUUUCAAUUUUUAUUUUGUUAUUUAUAUUAUUUUCCACUUUUUCUUUCAAGAAUCCCAAUUCAGAUAAGCUUUUCUUCCAAGGGUUUAAUACCAGCAAUGAUAGAAUUUUUAUAAAAAAUUCUACCCAAUUUGAACAAAACCCUAAACCUAUGGUUGGUGAAAAUAGGGCUGAAUCUAAUGAUUCUAAUGGUUCUAAUCUUGAUAUUAGAUUAAGAUUAUUGGGUAUUGAUGGAAAAGGGAAUACCCAUUUAGGGAAUGUCACUAACAAUGUGAAAAAUGGAAGCUUUGAUGAAAUUACUACUAAAGUUGUUGACUUUAAGAAUACCCAUGUGGUAAAACUUAAAGAUGAUGUGAAAAAUGGGACUUUUGGUGCAAUUAGUAUGAACCCAAUUGAAGGGAAAGUGAAAGUUUUUCAAGAUUUUGGUAAUGGGAGUGUUAAAUCAGAUGGUUUAGAUCAAGAUGGUGGUAAGGUUUCAAGAUCUUUUGAAGAUUGUGAUAUCUUUGAUGGAAGAUGGGUGAGAGAUGAUUCACAACCAUAUUAUCCAGCUGGUUCAUGCCCUUAUGUAGACAGAGAUUUUAAUUGCUAUCUUAAUAGGAGACCAGAUGAUGAGUUUGUCAAAUGGAGGUGGCAGCCAUUUGGAUGUGAAAUCCCAAGUUUAAAUGCAACCGAUUUUUUGGAAAGACUCAGAGGUAAGAAAAUGGUUUUCGUCGGGGACUCCUUGAAUAGGAACAUGUGGGAAUCACUUGUUUGCAUACUCCGACAUUCUCUCAACAACAAGAAAGCGGUGUAUGAAAUAUCAGGAAGAAAAGAAUUCAAGAAAAAGGGAUUUUAUGCCUUUAGAUUUGAGGACUAUAAUUGUACGGUGGAUUUUGUGUGCUCUCCAUUUCUAGUGAGGGAAUGGUCUUUCAAAGGUAAAAACGGUUCCUUUGAGACGCUACGAUUAGAUUUGAUGGAUCGCACGACUUCCAUGUAUCAAGAUGCUGAUAUUUUGAUCUUCAACACGGGACAUUGGUGGACACACGAGAAAACUUCCCGAGGGGAAGAUUAUUACCAGGAAGGUAACCAUGUUUACCCGAGACUCAAGGCUCUUGACGCAUACACAAGGGCUCUUUCCACAUGGGCCAAAUGGGUAGAUAAGAACAUUGACACGCGGAAAACUCAAGUUAUCUUUAGAGGCUAUUCACUCACUCAUUUUAGGGGAGGUCAGUGGAAUUCAGGAGGGCAGUGUCACAAAGAAACCGAACCGAUCUUCAAUACAAGUCAUUUGACCAGUUACCCAUCAAAGAUGCGAGCUUUUGACAACGUGUUGCGCGUGAUUAAAACUCCUGUGAUAUAUCUCAACAUUAGCAGACUAACGGAUUACAGGAAAGACGGUCACCCGUCGAUAUACAGAACGGUUUACAAAAGCUUGUCACCCGAGCAACGAAUCGCUGCACAAGAUUGCAGCCAUUGGUGUUUGCCUGGUGUACCGGACACUUGGAAUGAGUUGUUAUAUGCGUCUCUGUUGAAAGUCGGAAGAGGAUCUUGGAAAAGAUGAAAUAUAGUGCGAAUAUAGUAGAAAGUUUAGGGCUUUUUCGUUUGCAAGGUUGAGAGAAUUAGGAGCUUCAGUUCAUGUUGGGUUUGUUAACAUGUUAGGGGUAGCUUGUAUGGUAGGUGGCUUUUAGUGUGAUAAUAGGCUCAAAGGGAGUUUGAAUCUUCAUCUUUUUUUUUUUAAUCUUGAAAAUAGAUGCUGCAUUUGAUCUUUUA